GUAAACUUCAGUGUUACACAUGAAAUACAAAAGAGUUUCACGAAAAAAAUAAGUUUAAAAAGAAAAGAUUAUGACAAACAAAAUAAAAGCAGUACUAAUUGAUCUUAGUGGAACUAUUCAUAUAGAAAAUAAUAUUAUUCCUGGUGCAAUAGAAGCUUUAAAAAAAUUGAGAACCUCUAAUGUAAAAAUAAAAUUUGUUACAAACACCUCUAAGGAAUCGAAAAAUUAUCUGCACAACCGGUUAAUUAAACUAGGGUUUGAUAUUAAAAAGGAAGAAAUAUUCAGUUCUCUUGCAGCAGCAAGAGAACUUAUAAUAUCUAAACAAUUAAAUCCACAUCUAUUGAUUAAUGAAAAGGCGAUGGAAGAUUUUGAAGAUCUAAUUAAAGUUGAAGAAAAUCCUACUGCAGUUGUUAUUGGAUUAGCACCGAAUAAAUUCAAUUACAAUGAGCUAAAUAAUGCUUUUAGAUUACUCAAACAAGGUGCCUCUUUAAUAGCGGUUCAUGAUGGUCGUUAUUAUGAACGCUCUGAUGGUUUAGCACUUGGACCUGGUGGAUUUAUUAAAGGUCUUGAGUAUGCUGCUGAUGUUAAAGCUGAUGUAGUAGGGAAACCUACUGAAAAAUUUUUUAAAGCUGCAUUGGGAGAUAUAGAUCCGAGUGAAGCAAUCAUGAUUGGUGACGAUGUUCGAGGUGAUGUUGAAGGAGCUCAAGCUGUAGGAAUCAAAGGUAUUUUAGUACAAACCGGAAAGUAUCGUCCAAAUGAUGAAGCAUUGAUUUCUCCGGCUCCCUCAAAAAUAGUUCCUUCAUUUGUUGAAGCAAUUGAUGAAAUUUUCAAUGAACUUUUUUAGAUUAUAUAUGUAGAUAUACGUUCUGUACUACAGUAUAUAUAUUUUUAUGAAUUUCUAUGUUAUAUUUUGAAGAGGAGAGAAAUAUUAAAUUACUUCUUAUUUGAAUUUCAAUUAGAUAAAUUUUGUAUUUUACGAUAAAAAAUUAUUCAGUGAUGAAUAUCGA